GAGCUCUUCUUUCCCUGCAAAAUCCAGUCCAUCUCUGAUUUUCCUGUUGUUUUUGCAUAACCAAGAUGAAUUCUCCGCUCCAUCUUUUUGGUGGCUCCAGACAAUUAACAAGCUUUGAUAGUUUCUGAUAUUAGCUAGACACACUAAACAUAAAGUGCACCACUACUAUAUGCUUUCCGCUUCUUGGGUUUUAUAAGCUACCAUUAUUAUUAGCUUUUCCAUUCUCUCUCUCUCUCUCUCAUGUGUUGCUGAUUUCAGAUAGAGUUUUAGAUGGGGAAGUAGUUAUCCAUUUGGAUAUCUUUAAAUGGUCCCUAGCUGUGCAAUGAAGGAAAGGAAGGUGGAGAUAUUUUGGACCCUGAGAGGUUCUGGCUGAGCUUUUAUUUUUUUUAUUUUUUUGAUAUGGCCAUUUUGGCAUCUGUGUUUUAAUCACUUGUAAAAGUAGACCAUACAGCACAGGGUGGGUGGUUAGAUUCAAUGUCUUUUGUGUUUUAAUCACUGAAAAAUCUAUUUAUCAAUCCUUGGAUUAGCUAAUGUCAAGCAAAUAAUAUUUCUUUUGCUAUUAGCUAAUGUUUCAAUUUAUUUGUCCCAAGUCAGUUCACUGACUUGCUGUACAGGGUUAGAGAUCUAAUACGGUUUACAUCUCCAGAGAGGAUCUGGACCAUUUUGCUGACUAAGGAUCUACUGUUCAAAGAUAUGAAUUAGACUUCAUGACUCACAUGGCAAGUUAAGUGGGACUUCUGUGCUUUUUAGUGGUCACGCGCCAUAUUUUUGCUUGUCCUUGUGUGUAACUGUGAGAGUGAGAAGAUUUGUUGAGAGAAUGAGAUCUAUGGAGGAUAAAGGGUGUUACAAUCAUGGACCAACUCAGGAGAUUCCAAGUAGUAAGGCAACUAGCUUUGAGUUUCAUAAAGGCAAUGGAGCUAGUCGCGGUGGUCAUCACCGAACAGCUUUAGGCAAACCAACACCAUCCAAAUGGGAUGAUGCACAAAAAUGGUUAGUGGGAUUGUCAAGAGGAGGGGGAGGAGAUAGAAAAGAAAGCCAGCCACGAAACUCAAAUGCCGACGAUAGGAGACUUAUAGCUCCAGUUCCUCAAAUGGAACAUGACUAUUCAAGUGGAGAAGAUGAAGUUGGAGGAGAAGCAGCAAAUGGGUGUUCUAUUUCAAUCACAAAUCAGUAUGAAGUAGAAACAAAGAAGGUAGACUGUGAUGAGUCAGUGUGGAGAGUUAAUAAGCCUGCACAGAACUCAACAAUGAGUGCUGUUAGAUCAAUCUGUGUUAGGGACAUGGGGACUGAGAUGACCCCCAUUGCUAGCCAAGAGCCUUCAAGAACAACAACACCGAUUAGAGCUACUACACCGGCGGCGAGGAGCCCUGUAUCUUCAGGAUCUUGCACCCCAGUGAGGGGCCUGAACGGGUUGCCGGGCAAUGAAGGCUAUCAAACAGGUUUAGCAAUGACUGAAAGUAGAGGUGAGGCCAGUUGUGCUCCCAGAGGGGUUAGUGCAACAAGAAAUUACUAUGGACAAGAAUCCAAUGGUUCUAGGAUACACGAGAAUAUGGAAUCGGAUCAAGUAAGAAAGGUGAGUACUCUAGAAACAAGAGCAAUGGCUUGGGAUGAUGCAGAGCGAGCCAAAUACAUGGCGAGGUAUAAGCGUGAAGAGGUGAAGAUCCAAGCCUGGGAAAAUCAUGAGAAGAGAAAAGCAGAAAUGGAAAAGAGGAAAAUGGAGGUGAAGGCUGAGAGGCUGAAAGCUCGAGCACAAGAACGGUUGGCAAACAAACUGGCCUCGACUACGAGAAUAGCUGAAGAGAAGCGUUCAAAUGCGGAGGCCACACUGAAUGAGAAAGCCGUGAAGACUUCUGAAACGGCAGAUUAUAUAAGGAGGACCGGGCACUUGCCCUCUUCAUUCUCCUUCAAGUUUCCUUCCCUGUGCUGGUAGCAGCACAGCACUAUGUUUACAUGUAACAUAUGCUAGCAAACCAUUCUCAUCUCACUUUUUUGACAUACAUAACUGAACUUGUGGAUUCAUUUUAUAUGUUAAAUUCUGCGAUUGCAUUCAUGGGGCCUGGUUCCUCUAGUAUAAAAAAACUUGAACUGCCCA